AGACGCAAGAUGGCGGCGGCCGAGAGGGAGGCCUGUGAGGCGGCGGCCAAAGAGGCCGAGGAGCAGCGCGAGGGCCCCGGCCCGACCCCGGCCCCGCUCGGCCUGACGGAGCUGCCCGGCGAGCUGCUGGAGCUCAUCUUGUGCUGCGGCUCGUUGGGCGCCGCCGACCUGGCCCGCCUGGCCCGCACCUGCCGCCACCUGAGGGAGGCCUGCCAGCCCUGCGGGAAGGUCUGGCGGGAGCAGCUGCGGCGCAGGUGGCCCUCUUUAAUGAAAUACUAUAAUCAGGCAGACAGUGUGAAUUGGCUGGAGGAAUACAAAGAACGGCAUAAAGCGGGAUUGAAAGCCCAAACGAUCGUCGCCUCGUUUUCCAAAAGGUUCUUUUCAGAGCACGUGCCCUGUGAUGGCUUCACUGAUAUUGAGACCCUUGAUUGCCCCAGCCAUUUCUUUGAGGAUGAGCUGAUGUCCAUUCUUAAUGCAGCAGGCAGGAAAGGGCUGACCUGGAAGUACUAUGCAAAGAAAAUUCUUUACUUCCUGCGGCAACAGAACAUUUUAAAGAAACUGAAGACUUAUCUGGAGUAUCCAGCAGAUGAGCAAUCCUUUUUAGAAGGUGCUGUGCUGAUUGACCAAUACUGUAACCCUUUGUCGGACAUCACAUUCAAGAGUAUCCAAGCUCAGAUUGACGACAUCGCUGCUAAAGUGUGUAAAUUUCUCAAAUCCAGAAACCCCAGACAUCCCACUGUGGACCGAAAAGCAGAAGAAGAGGUCCUGGUAGUCCCUCAGGUGGAGCUUCAGGGGCAGGUUCUCGAUGCCAUGAACUGCGUCCUCUACGAGCAGCUGAAAUACCGAGGAAACGAGUUGGAUUAUUACAAUUGUCAGAAUUCAUACAUCCAUCAGGUUUUGAUUCGCAGGACCGGAAUCCCGAUCAGUUUGUCGGUGCUGUAUUUAACCAUUGCCAAGCAGUUGGGCGUCCAGCUUGAGGCUGUCAAUUUCCCCAGUCACUUUCUGCUCAGGUGGUGCCAGGGAAAAGAAGGGAGCACAAAUAUAUUUGACUACACAUACAUUGAUGCUUUUGGGAAGGGGCGGCAGCUGACGGUCAAAGAAUGUGAAUACUUGAUUGGGCACCACGUGACGGAGGAAUUUUACGGUGUGGCAACAGCCAAAGAGGUUCUGCAGCGGAUGGUGGGCAACUUGCUAAAUAUUGGAAAGCGGGAAAGCACUGACCAAUCAUACCAGCUCCUGAGGGACUCUUUGGACUUGUAUUUGGCCAUGUAUCCGGACAACGUCCAGCAUCUAAUGCUCCAAGCAAGACUCUAUUUCCAUCUUGGGAUCUGGCCAGAGAAGGUUCUGGACAUCUUGCAGCACAUUCAGGCCUUGGACCCCACCCAGCAAGGAGCUGUGGGGUAUUUAGUUCAGCACACCCUGGAGCACAUCGAACGUCGGAAAGAAGAGGCCAGUCCCGACGUGAAGCUUCAUUCCGACGAGAAGCACAAAGACAUCCUCUUUUCCGUCGGCUUGGUUAUGAAACACAAAAGAUACGGCUACAACUGUGUGAUCUAUGGUUGGGACCCAGCGUGCAUGAUGGGACACGAAUGGAUCCGAAACAUGAAUGUCCACAGCCUGCCCCAUGGUCCUCACCAGCCUUUCUACAAUGUUCUGGUGGAAGAUGGAUCAUGCCGAUACGCUGCCCAAGAGAAUCUAGAACUCAACCCAGACCCUCACGAGAUCCCUCACCCAGACAUCGGCCGCUACUUCGAGGAGUUUGCCGACACCUACUACGUGGCCAACCCAGAGUUGGAGAUCCGAUACCCCGAGGAUGUGGCGCUCACACGUUUAGCUGGCCAGAAAACUGAAGAGAGCAAAGAAUGAGACCUUUUCCCCACCCAUCCCCUUCCUCUUUGCAAGGACAGAAAAAAAACUUUGUGGUGAGAAUUUCAUCACGAGAAAAGCUGCUAGUCUGAGGGGAACUGCAUUUUGCUAGCUAGCAGGGAAACGUGGUGUUAUGCAACCCCCUCGAUUGCGUUGUGUCGACACGUGGAUCGUGCAAAGUUUGGAGACCUCCUCUGAAGGGACCUCACCAAAUGAAGAACUUCUGAGACUUAAAAGUUCUUAUCCUGGAAACUCUGAGUGACCUGCCAGAUGGAAGCUGUGGAUGAUUUCUAGUUAGGACUUCCUGGAACUAACACAACAUCUGUCAUGGCUCAACUCUGACCAGCAAUGAAGUGCCAAAACCUUAGGAAGGACAUUGGUGCUCCUUUACUCAAAGAUCUGAUAGAAACACCGUCAGGAUUUCUCUCUGCUGCUUCAGAACAACAACUCAAUUUAAAAACAAAAAACAAAACCCUCUACUGGGUUGUUUUUUUUUCCUGCAGGUUUCUUGGGCUCACAUUCCAGCACGUGUGCACACACACACACACACACAAAAUGCCACUUUGGUGAUGAUGCUAGAGAUGAGUACCAUCCUCCUUUUGUUCUGCUUGUUUGCUCACUCCAUAAAAGAAAGGAUAAUCAACCUAAGCAGCGUAUCUCUCAAACGCUGGAACAGACAGCGCCGAAGGACGUAGCAUUAAUGUCUAAAAGUUUCCAUUUCUCAGGGAAAAAAUCGGAGUCGGUUGAUUUUGCAAGCCGUCUGGCAGAAAGGACUGAUCAGGCUUUCAUCAGGCGUCGUAAAAUAAUAGGUUGCAAGGCUGUGGAAUGUGUAAUUUCUAAAUUGGGGUCUCUUGAGCAGCAGAGUGCAGCUUGUCACUCGCUGGAGUGCGUGCUUGGGAGAAGAGAAGGUAAGCUUUUAAUCAUCAGCGUUGUAAAGGAUAAAAUGAUACGCUUCUACAACCUUAGUCCCAAAGAUUGCUGUUUUGUAGCGGUGAAAUUGUUAUUUUUCAGGAGUGCCCUUCGUUUGCAUGCUGUGUUUUCAUAUCCUUUUCGGCAAGCGUGAAAUUUAGGGUUAACCUCCCGGGAAGGUCUUCAAACAGCUCAAGAGGUUUGAGUUAAGAGUGUCGCUCGGGGAACACGUGUACACCCUUCGACAUGCAUGCAUACAGGCAGUCCUCGACUUAAUGGAGGCUGCCCCUUAUAGUCAUAAGUCAUGAUAAGACACAUUCUGGAGAGAGUAGUACUCUGAGGAUUUGCUCCAGCACAAGCCUAAAAGCUUGGAACAAUAAAGUUUCGGUCCUGGUGACCGACUCGGAUUGGAUCCUGCAAUAAGUUGUCGUUGGUCAUAAAGUGGGGCAUCACAUUUUUACGGCCUCUUGUUUCGUGUGCUCUGCUCAUUAAUCAAAUCAUGGUUGUUAAACAAGUCCGUUGUUCGCGAUGGGGCAUUUUUGCUGAAAAACGGAAGCAAAUACUUGGUUUUCAGCAAAUGUCCAUUGCAGCCGUGUGACACCCCCUCCCCAGCACCCUGUAAAUGAUUGCUGAGCACCCCGAAAUGCAGGCGCAGGGGAGGGACUUGGAACUUCAGGAUCAGGAUGUAAAACAUUUUUUAGGAGGCCCGGCGUAAUUUUGAACAGUCGCUAAGCGACCGUUGUAAGUCGAGGACUACCUGGAGCCGAAUCCACUGGGGGUUGCAUCAGACUGAGAUAAUUAUCCCUCGCAACGGCAGCCGCCAACAGUGAUUGCCUCCCUUGAGACAGGAGCCCGUGCUGACUCCCAGGCACAGGACAACGUCUGAAUCGUCCCGGGAGAUGCAGCGAAGAUGACAACCGCCGAUGCAGAGAAGUCUGACGGGGUGAGAAAAAACCCACCCUUCAAGGCUACUUUAAAGGGAAUUGCAGAAGCCCAAUUGGAGGAACUCACCUAGGCAGUCCCCUCUUGUUGAUUUGAGGGGGUCUUAGCAAUACAGAGUCCAAAUUUUAGCAAUACACAGUCUCCCUUGUUGAUGGGGAGAUGCUGCAACUCACAAACGAACCAUGAAGCUGCCUCAAACCGCAACCUUGAUCCCGCAGCUGGCUGUGGGUCCCUCUCAUCCUUGGUCAGAUAAUCGGAGGUUUUUGCAUUUUCCCACUUUGGAUUGUUGUGGGUCUGAUGCAUGUGUGCCACACUCUUUUCUUGUUUUUUUCUCCUGAACUUCUAUUCCCCCCCCCAAAAAAAGCGCUUUUCCUUCAUCUGAAAGGUGCUAUAUAAAUCCAUCCAUCCCCCCCCUCUCUCUGUCCAUCUAUUUACCUUCAAGCAUUUUGAAGAUACUGGAAAAAAGGAGAAUUUGUGCAGCCCCUCCAUACCAUCUGCAGUUUUGAGCAUAAAAUGCACUAUUUAUUUUUAGGAGAGUUACAAAUGUAGGGAUAUGUUUCUCUCCCUCCCAGCACUUAAUGGUAUUUCUGGAAUAAAACGACACCCUUUUCGGCUUGUAA